GUCCGGAAUAAACAAUGAGUGUAGCUGUACAUCCUACGUUGACAUUGAAUUAUAGUUAAAUCGCUUGAUGAACCAGUAUGCCACCAUAUUGCCACCUUUGCUGUCCUGUUAAACCCUAGACUACUUCGUCGAAACAAAAUCCCCCAACUUGGUAUUGUCUUUAAAACGCAUCAUUAGGUUGUCUUCGUGACUAACACUGAUUCGGGGGCAAUGUACGGUGGGUGAGAAACGCCAUGCCAAUCAUGAAAGCUUGUUGUUGUUGCCGAGUGCGAGCUGGAUGUAUUUUCUCUGGGAUCUUUUCAAUGGUGACGUCCUUGUCAUGGGCGGCAUGGGGUGUCUAUAACUUGUUCGACUCUGGACUUUUACAAACCGAAUCGGUGUCAGACGUUCCACCAUUUUAUUAUGGAUAUGCAGUUGGUGUCGGGUUGUGGCUAUUUCUCUGUAUCACAUCCUUCUUCAUGGUGGCGGGAGUUUGUUGUGAUCGUCGCGGUCUUCUCAUACCAUACAUAGUGGCUGAUGUUCUUGUUAUCCUGGUUCAGUGCGUCUUGUGUGCCUUCUAUUUGUAUAUAAUGAUUCAGGUUUUCGAAGACGGUUACCUGUACAACUUGGUGAAUCUCAUUGCUUUGUCUAUGGCAGCUGUUUUCGUUGUUUUAUACUCAUUGAGUCUACUAUGUGUGAUUUCAAGAUAUCAGGAACUCCGCUACGGAGAAGAUGCAAGGGUUAUCAGACAGGAAAGUUUCAUUCCGGUACAAUCUGCAGCAUUUGGUAUGACUUCGAGAAACGAGUCCAGACGUUACUAACAUCCGAUUGGUGAUGGAUUGCAUCAAGUCUAUAGCGAUGACCUGGGCCAAAUUCCAUGAGUGCGUGUAAGCACAAAAACAAGACAACUCUCGCUUAGUAAAACAAAAUAGGUUACCAGCCAAAAUACCGUACAUUUACCAUGGCUGUGACUGGUGUACCCGGCUCAUUUCUUGCUUCAGCAAAGAAUUUUGUAAAACAGAAUGUUCUGCUAAACAGCUUAAUGAAAUUGGGCCCUGUUCAGUUAAGCAAUACUUUUGUGUGCUUAGCAAGUUUUUGUGCUUAUAGGCUUUAUGAAAUCGGGCAAUGUGGCUGUUGUUAGUUUCUGUUUCGUCCAUACAAUUAUAUUGUUUAUCCAUGUAAAUAAUAAUUGCUUUGCGUAACAUAAGUACGACGUUAAACAGUCGUGGCUGAAAGUUCCAUGUGUCUUAGGGUGUCGCCUAACCCGGCCGGCUGUUUCGUGUAUGAGUGUUCUCAAAACGGGGACAACUCUCAAUAACUUGUGUUGUGAAUAUUGUAUCUUUCUCAACGAUUUACACAUUUUUCCUGACAGAACAGUACGACAUAAAAAACUCACUGACAACUAAACACAAACUGAAUCUUGAAAACGGCACAGACAUUUUAAAGGGUCUGUCUUAAUUUGGCUUGGGACCACUCGAAUGUUUCAAUUCUAUGUUUUUAGAUAUAUACAAUAAAGCUAACCCAUGAACACGUUACUACGGUGAGUGAUUUACUAUUUGUAAAACCAUGUAAGAUAAUUAUUUUAGUUACCUUAAUUUGCUUAAAAUUAAACAUUCAAUAUAGGUGCAUCGUGGGUGAAUGUAUACAAAGUUAAUGGUUCAUUUCUUUUGGAUGUAUACCGGUUGUUAGAAUAAAGUCUUUGUUGACUGUUUGUGUUCCACAUUUAGAAUUUUAAUAAAAUUUAUCGCUCUUGAAAAAUAAAGGUUUAUAUUCUUUAUAACUAUCAGUUAUGAUGUACCGGUAGCAUUUUCAUAACAUUGUAUGUGAUUUAGCUCCGAGGUUUUACCAGACCAAGAAAUUGUCCCUGAAUGGGAAAACAAACUGUGACUCCGAUGGACAGGCAGUCAGCUUUCUGUAUGUAGAUAUUCAUCAACCAUCAAGCAUAAUUAUUUUAAAAGGU